CUACUCCUACUGGAGUCUCAUAAGAGUUGCUAAGAAAAAUUGUGGCUCAAAUCGAUAUCUCAAUCCAAGAAUUUGGUGGUAAAAUUUCAGCAAAAAGAAACAUCACAAGACAUCAUCUGCCAUUGAAAUGCAAUCCUCUUCAAUCUCCAUUGUUGUUGCUUAAGCUUAAGCUCAAGUAUGAGGAGUUUUGUUAUCAUCACAACCCUUUCAUCCUCCAUUGUCGCUUCUACUCCUUUUCAUCAUCACCAUAUCUUUACCCAUAAACAACCUCCAUUUCUUUCCCUUCAUAACUUCAUUUUCCUUUCUUUCUCUAAACCCACUUCCCAAACCUCAUUCUCUUCAUCUUCAUCUUCAUUUUCAACCUCUAUACCUAUCAUUUCUCCCCAUUUGUAUCCAUCAAACUCUGACCCAACUAACUCUGACCUUAGUUUUUAUGCCGAAAUUGCUUCUAAGCUUGUUGAAGAUGGAAGAUUCCAAGAUUUUGGGAUGGUUGUUGAGACUGUUUUGAGCUCUGGUAUUGAUGGGUCUUUGGCUUUUGGUAAAUUGUUGAAUUCCAAGCUUUUAACUUUUGGCAUUGUUAAGGGUCUUAAAGAAGGAAGAGUUCAUGAUGUUGUUGAAUUGUUGGGUUUUUUGUCCAAACUUUGUGUUGAUGUUUUGGGUUUGUUUGAUGGGUUAGCUAUGGGAUUGCUUAAAAGAGAGUGUUUUAGUAUAUUAAAUGAUGGGCAUUUACAAGAAGCUGUGGAGCUCAUGGAAAUAUUGGCUGGUUUUGAAUUCCCAAUCAAAGACUUGAUGAAGCCCAGUGAUGUGAUUAGGAUAUCUGUCAAGAAGCGCAGCCCUCAUUUGGCUGUAAGGUAUGCCUGUCUUCUUCCACAUGCAGAGAUAUUGUUGUGCACAAUAAUCAAGGAAUUUGGAAAGAAGUCAGACCUGGCUUCGGCUGUAAAAGUUUUUGAAGCUUCUAGGCAGAAGUUUGGUGGUCAUAACAUGUAUGUCUACCGCACUAUAAUCGAUGCUUGUGGCUUAUGUGGUGAUUGUUUCAAGUCCAGGUUAAUCUUUGAGGAUCUACUAGCCCAGAAAAUCACCCCAAAUAUCUAUGUCAUCAACAGUCUAAUGAAUGUAAAUGCCCAUGACCUGGCUUACACGAUGGAUGUGUACAAGCAAAUGCAAAAUUUAGGUAUUGAAGCAGAUAUGACUACUUACAAUAUCCUGCUAAAGGCUUGUUGUCGGUCGGGAAGGGUCGAUGUGGCUCAGGACAUCUACCGAGAGGUACAACACUUGGAUUCAACUGGAACACUCAAAAUAGAUGUUUUUACUUACAGCACAAUCAUCAAGGUAUUUGCAGAUGCGAAAUUGUGGCAAAUGGCUAUCAAAAUCAAGGAAGAUAUGCAAUCAGCGGGCGUCAUUCCCAAUACUGUUACUUGGUCCUCAUUGAUCAGUGCAUGUGCCAAUGCAGGUCUGGUCGAUCAAGCAACUCAGCUAUUUGAUGAGAUGCUUAUGGCGGGCUGUGAACCUAACGAACAUUGUUUCAACGCACUUCUUCAUGCAUGUGUGGAGGGAUGUCAGUAUGACCGAGCUUUUCGCCUUUUUUACACUUGGAAGAGUAGUGGAUCUGCAAAUAAAUUCGGUGAAAACAUAAGAGUUAGUGAAGAUGAAUCAUCGGCUAUUCUACUUGCAUUUAAAAAUUCUAGAACAAAAGCACCAGAAAUUGUGACUACUUCACGUCAGUUGAGCUUUGCUAAAAAUAUUCCUUUUAGUCCCACAACUACAACAUACAAUAUACUCUUGAAGGCUUGUGGUACUGACUACUAUCGAGCGAAAUCUCUAAUCGAUGAAAUGAGAUCGUUGGGUCUUUCACCCAAUCACAUCAGCUUUUCAACUUUGAUUGAUAUAUGUGGUGGAGCUGGAAACGCUGAGGGUGCUUUGCAGAUAUUAAAAUCCAUGGGUGACUCUGGAAUUAGGCCUGAUGUGAUCGCUUAUACGACUGCUAUAAAGAUUUGUGUUGAAAAUAGAAACUUGAAUACGGCAUUUUCAUUAUUCUCAGAAAUGAAGAGAAACCGUGUUAAACCAAAUUUGGUGACCUAUAACACUUUGUUAAGAGCCCGUAGUAAGUACGGCUCCCUUCAAGAAGUUCAGCAGUGCCUAGCUAUAUAUCAAGACAUGUGUAAAGCCGGCUACAAAUCCAAUGACUACUUUCUUAAACUACUGAUAGAAGAAUGGUGUGAAGGAGUUAUACAAGAGAACAAUCAGCAAGGACAAUCUAGUUCACAUAACAAGAAUAACAUAGGGGAAUUGCGAAGUAUACUUCUUGAAAGGAUAGCAACCCAUUUACGAAAGGAUACGGCUAAAACCCUGGCAGUUGAUAUUCAAGGACUUACAAAGCGUACUGUGCAGGUGGAAGCACGAAUUGUAGUUCUCGCAGUUUUACGUAUGAUCAAAGAAAACUACAAAUCAGGGUUAUCAGUAAACGACGAUCUUAUAGUUAUACUAGGAAUCACGAAAGUAGGUACAGAGUGUACGGUGAAAGAUGCGAUAGCAAGGCUUUUGAAGACGGAACUUGGACUCGAAGUUAUUGCAGUAAAUCCAGAUCGGGCGGUUAAUAGAAAAUUUGAUAAAGAUGGUGCUUCUAGUUUAAUUUCGAAUUCCGGAGGUGUCGAAUCGAGCGAGCUGCCGACUAGUCUUGACACUCCGACUCGACGACCCGCAGUAUUGCAAAGGCUAUUGAUUACAAGGAAAUCAUUAAUGCAUUGGUUGAAAAGAAGAUCAGUCCCUGCCACUAAAUUUUGAUUCUUUGUGUAGAUUAUAUUGUAAAUACUGUGAUCAUUCUAACUACACAUGUAUACUUAUCAUCUCAUGUAGACCAUAGCUGAUUAGCUAUGUAAAAUUUAUUAAAAAAAAAAAAAAAAAAAAAAAAAAAAAAAAA